AGUCGCCCACAGAGCGGGCGGGCCGCAGACGCAGCAUGCCCGGCAGCGCCAUGGACAAGAUCCCCUCGUCCCUGGAGCCAGCCGCUUCCUCCACCCCCUUCAAAGUCACGGGCUUCCUGAGCCGCAGACUGAAAGGCUCCAUCAAACGCACCAAGAGUCAGCCCAAACUCGACCGCAACAGCAGCUUCCGGAACAUUCUCCCAGCCUUCAAGAGUGCUGAAAAUGAAAGAUCCCAUCUGAUGCCGAGGCUGAAAGAGUCACGCUCUCACGAGUCAUUGCUAAGCCCCAGUACUGCAGUGGAAGCUCUUGAUCUCAGCAUGGAGGAAGAGGUGUUGAUCAAACCUGUGCACAGUAGCAUCCUGGGACAGGACUUCUGCUUUGAGGUAACUACCUCAACAGGAAGCAAGUGCUUCUCUUGUCGUUCAGCUGCAGAGAGAGAUAAAUGGAUGGAAAACUUGAGGAGAGCCGUGCACCCGAACAAGGACAACAGUCGUCGGGUGGAGAACCUGUUGAAGUGUUGGAUUAUCGAGGCCAAGGACCUUCCCGCCAAAAAGAAGUAUUUCUGUGAAUUGUGUUUGGACGACACGCUUUAUGCACGGACUACCUGCAAACUCAAAACGGACAAUGUUUUCUGGGGAGAGCACUUUGAGUUCAACAACCUGCCGUCAGUCAAGAGCAUCACCGUUCACCUCUACAAAGAGACGGACAAAAAGAAAAAGAAAGACAAGAACAAUUACGUGGGGCUGGUGAACAUCCCAAUAGCAGCGGUCACCGGGCGGCAGUUUAUAGAAAAGUGGUACACUGUUAGCAUGCCCAACCCCAACAAGGGCAAAACCCCUGGGCCCAUGAUCCGAAUGAAGUCUCGCUACCAGAGCAUGAGCAUUCUGCCCAUGGAGCAGUACAAGGAGUUUGCAGAGUACAUUACCAAUAACUACAUGCUGAUGUGCUCUAUCCUGGAACCAGCCAUCAGCGUGAAGAAUAAGGAGGAGAUGGCCUGUGCUCUGGUCCAUAUCCUGCAAAGUACCGGUAAAGCUAAGGACUUCCUGACGGACCUGAUGAUGUGCGAGGUGGAUCGCUGUGGGGAGAACGAACACCUCAUAUUCCGCGAGAACACGCUCGCCACUAAAGCGAUAGAGGAGUAUCUUAAACUUGUCGGACAGAAAUACCUUCAGGAUGCCUUAGGCGAGUUUAUCAAAGCUCUUUAUGAAUCUGAUGAGAACUGUGAGGUGGACCCAUCCAAGUGCUCAUCCAGCGACCUGCCGGAGCAUCAGAGUAAUCUGAAGAUGUGCUGUGAACUGGCCUUCUGCAAGAUCAUCAACUCCUACUGCGUUUUCCCGCGGGAGCUGAAGGAGGUGUUUGCGUCUUGGCGACAGGAGUGCGGUAACCGCGGGAGACCGGACAUUAGCGAGCGUCUGAUUAGUGCGUCCCUGUUCUUGCGUUUCCUCUGCCCGGCGAUCAUGUCGCCUUCCCUCUUCAACCUCAUGCAGGAGUAUCCAGACGACCGCACGGCACGCACGCUCACGCUCAUCGCUAAGGUUACCCAGAACCUCGCCAACUUUACCAAGUUUGGCAGUAAGGAAGAGUACAUGUCCUUUAUGAAUCAAUUCCUGGAGCAUGAGUGGGCCAACAUGCAGCGAUUCUUGCUAGAGAUCUCAAACCCAGAGACCAUCUCUAAUACAGCCGGCUUUGAAGGCUAUAUCGAUCUCGGGCGCGAAUUGUCCACUCUCCAUUCUCUGCUGUCAGAGGCUGUCUCACAACUCGAUCAGAGCACUGCGUCUAAGCUCGGCCCCCUGGUCCGUAUCCUGAGGGAGGUGAAUUCAGCUCUUACAAACCCCUGUGGAGCUCCCAUCUCCUCCCCCACUGAGCGUGUUGGCUCACCUGGCCUGCCUGGCUGUAGCAUCUCCACUGGCCUGCAGAAGAUAGUCAUGGACAGCGAACUGACCGGGUUAGUAGAUUUCACCAGAUUGCCAUCUCCAACUCCUGAAAACAAGGACCUGUUUUUUGUGACCAGAAACUCGACAGUGCAGCCAUCACCUGCUCGCAGCUCCAGUUAUUCAGAGGCGAAUGAAGCUGAUGUUCAGAUUCCUAACGGGAGUAAGAGCCUGUCUAUGGUGGACCUCCAGGACGGCCGGGCGCUGGAGAGCGGCCCCAACGCCUCCACCAGCGACUCCAUCAACGAUGCCCAGGCCUCGGCCGGAGGGGGCCAAAGUGGAGUGUGGGCUGCACGGACACCUCAGGGGAACGUACCUGGGGGGCCCACUUUGAGGAAGACGGCUCAGACCCCCACCACACCGAAUGCGGAGAACGCCCCAGGCCGACCGCAGCUUCUUGCUCCACUCUCGUUCCAGAACCCCGUAUACCAGAUGGCUGCCGGUCUGCCUGUCUCGCCACGCGGCUUGGCCGACUCGGGUUCCGAGUGUCACAGCUCCGUCAGCUCCCAGAGCAACGCAGAGGAAGGGGCGGGGGCCGGGGCUAAGCACCCCUUCCUCAGCCAGGCCAGCGUGGGCGGAGGAGGAGGGAGCAGCGGGGACGAGUUCGUUCGGCGCUCCGGAGAAUUCACGCGCCGCCAGCAGUCACUCACGGAGACACAGCACCAGACCAACGUGCCAAGGCAGAACAGCGCCGGACCGCAGCGCCGAAUAGAUCAACCCCCUCCACCUGUCACCAGGGGAAGAACUCCCCCCAACAUGCUCAACACCGCACCCUACCCGCGCCCCUCCAGUGGCAACAUGAUGUCGUCCUCUCCUGAUUGGCCGGCCGGUGGGACCAGACUCAGACAGCAGUCCUCCUCAUCUAAAGGAGACAGUCCUGAAAGCAAACAGCGCACUCUGCACAAACAGGCUCCGUCUCCAGUGAAUCCCAGUGCUCUGGACCGCACUGCUGCCUGGUUACUGAAUAUGAAUGUGCAGUAUGUAGAACAGGAGGGAACUGACCCAGAUACCAAACACAGAGAUGACGUCAAAAAUAAAGACGAGCUCACACAAACCGAGAAGUACCAGCAGGAGAUCGCCGUACUGCAGGAGCGACUAUGGCUGUCCUCAAAGAAGCUGGAAGAGUACGAGGCGCGACUGAAGAGUCAGGAUGAGCAGACGCAGAAGAUGCUGCUGGAAUACCAGGCUCGGCUGGAGGACACGGAGGAGCGUCUGCGCAGACAGCAGGACGACAAGGAACUGCAGAUGAAAAGCAUCAUCACCAGGUUAAUGUCUGUGGAAGAAGAGCUGAAGAAGGACCACGCUGACAUGCAGGCCAUUGUGGACUCCAAACAGAAGAUCAUUGAUGCACAGGAAAAGCGUAUAGCGUCUCUAGACGCGGCUAAUGCACGUUUGAUGAGUGCCCUUUCUCAGCUGAAGGAGCGCUACAGCAUGCAGACACGCAACGGCAUCUCACCCACAAACCCCUCCAAACUGCAGAUCACCGAGAACGGAGAGUUCCGCAACAGCAGCAAUUGUUAACGCGUCCGCUGUGCAGGCCAACGGGCCUUCCAGAUGGACAAGGGCUAUGGCUAAAAGUGACAAUAUGUCUCAACCACGCAACACACAAACACACACACAAAACAAUCUGAGGACUUCGUUCUUUUUUGAGGAAAGCGCUCCGUUAUGUAGCUUCGGCCGCUCAUGGUCGGCAGACGUUACUAAAAGAACUCAGAGCUGACAGAGAAAUGAGCAGAGAUGCCCAUGUCAAAGUGGUCUUGUCUGUAGGAGACUGCUAGGUUUAUUAAAAACGCUUUAGUGUGUGGUGAAGGCUUUAGCGUAAGCAAAAUUAAUAAUAAGACCAAGCUGGUUGGUUAAUUCAGUGGCUUUGUUGCAGUCUUAUUUAAAUCUUCAGUAAAAUUGUGCCCCAGAUGUUUAACCAUGUAGUUUUAUGAAUUGCUCUAGUAGCUAUAUUUUAUCAUAGACAAAACUAUGUUGUAUACUGUAUUUCUCAGAGUGUUUCUCAGAUAAUGAUCUCACUCCUCGACGGUCUCAAAUCUGCCCAUUUUUCUCAUCGCCCAUCUCACUGAAGAGCAUUUGGUUAACGAGCUCUUGAGUUUGACCAGACUUCCCUCUUAUUACCAUGUCUAAUUGCCAAUAAUUUCAAUUGAACAGUGUUUUAGCCUGCAGCAUGUUAAAUAUUAGAAUACUUAAAUGAAAUUCUUUGUGUUUUAAAGCACUGUUCAGAUGGUUUCUUUCUCUUUUUUAAUGAAUCAUUCCUUGGCAGACCACCUCCUCACAAAAAAUUUGUUCUUUUAUUAUAAAUUUAACGUUUUCACACAUUCAUUUUCUUUUCUUACCUCAAAGUCAUAAGCUCGCAUGUCUCGUACUAGGGCUAAUAGUAGCACAAAAACGCUUUAUUACAAAACUGCGUAUGGUAAGGAAAGAAUUUUAACACUACAUUAUAUUUGUUGCAUACUUUGUAUGUGCAUCUAUAUUAGUGUAUUUAGAGGUGGUUCGCCUCGCUAAUGUACAUAAAAUGUUUUUUUUUUAAUGGACUUUGGAGAAAAAAAUAUUUUGUACAGUGAGCGUAAUGUGUAUCGGGUUCUGUAGUACGAUAUUGGAAGUCAAACUGUAAUCUCUAAUUGUAAAUUCAGGUGCUGCUUCUAGACACAUCAGAUUUCACUGUACUUCUAGUACUUUAUCCCCUUAAUACAGAUAUUUCCCUGCUCUUAACCUGAAGUGAACCAUUGAUGCUCUGUUGUGAUACUUAUAAAUGCUUUCAGACACUAAUUCGCUAUUUUUGCGUAUGGCGGUGGCUGCGGUGAGCAGCUUCUCCGGCCGUAUCGAACAUCUUAAAAAGUCAGAGUCAAACCUGAACCAAACAAGCCCACCUCGUACAAAAAGUCCACUCUAUGCACUUUUUUCUUUAGCAUUAGAAUGCACCCUUUAACCAAAUUCAGUAUCAGUAUACUGAUAAUGCUUACACAAGCAGCAGCUGAGACCUGGCGUUUUCGUAGGGCUGUUACCGGCUUCUGUGAGUGCGGAGGAAUGAGCUUGAAAAAAGAUGUGUUUUAAAUGAAUGGAUUUGGGAAAGGCUGUGAAAUCUACCCUCAGUCUAAAAUUGUGAUUUUUUUUUCUGUUUCUCCUUAGCA